AUUUAAACAUCAUAAUGUCUGACGAGGAGAUUUUAAAAAUCGUAACUGUUGGUGAUGGUGCUGUUGGUAAAACAUGUUUACUUUAUGCCUACGCAAAGAAUGAAUUCCCACAAGAAUAUGUACCAACCGUAUUUGAUAAUUAUAACACCAUGGUUGAAAUUAAUGACAAGGAAGUGAGCAUAGGACUUUGGGAUACUGCUGGACAAGAAGACUAUGACAAGUUGCGUCCUCUCUCCUAUCCUGGAACAAAUUGUUUUAUUGUUUGUUAUGCUGUUACCAACCAAGCCUCUUAUGAAAACGUAGAAGCUAAGUGGUAUCCUGAAUUACAAAAGAAUUGCCCUGACGCACCUAUUAUUUUGUGGGAACUAAAAUGA